GUCGGCAUUGUUGUACAGUGAUUGAAAAUCAAAAAGCUCUUUUAGGUCACUCUCUAUUUUUCGCUCCCUCGCCGGACUUUGCUGACGCCGCCGGUUAUAUCUUCUAGUCUCAUUCGUCGACAUGAAGCUCACUGUUAAGACUCUCAAGGGUAGCCAUUUUGAGAUUAGGGUUCUUCCCACCGACACGGUUAGUCCUUCUCCUUUUCCGCUUCCUUGGUCCGUACCUACGUGUAAUACUGUAUUAGGAAAUCAGUAGAUUUAGAUAUCUUCUGAAGAUGAGAGAUGCUGCUAUACCAAUCUGGGUUAUGAAACAUGUGACUUGUUGAACAGCUUUCUAGAAAUGCUAGAUUUAGAAUUUUGAGUUUUUUUUUUUCCGAUGAAAUGGAUGGGUUGAGUGAGUGUAUUUGUCUAUGAGUUCUUACAUGGUUAUAUCCUGGAAUUUUUCUACUUUGCUUUGAAGAUAAUGGCGGUGAAGAAGAAUAUUGAAGAUUCACAAAGCAAAGACAACUAUCCUUGUGGGCAGCAAUUACUGAUUCACAAUGGAAAGGUUUUGAAAGAUGAAACUACCUUGGUGGAGAACAAGGUUACCGAGGAGGGUUUUCUUGUCGUGAUGCUUAGCAAGAGCAAAACUGCAAGUUCAGCUGGUCCCUCUUCUACUCAGCCUACUUCUACCACGACAUCUACCAUAUCUUCAACCACGCUUGCAGCUCCGUCGACAACCCAGUCUAUUGCUGUGCCGGCUUCAAAUUCUACUCCCGUUCAAGAACAACCAACGGCACAAAGUGACACCUAUGGUCAAGCUGCUUCAACUUUAGUUAGUGGCAGUAGUAUUGAGCAAAUGGUUCAACAAAUAAUGGAAAUGGGAGGAGGCAGUUGGGACAAAGAAACGGUUACUCGUGCACUUCGUGCAGCAUAUAACAACCCUGAGAGAGCAGUGGAUUAUCUAUAUUCUGGAAUUCCUGAAACAGUAACCAUUCCAGCAACUAAUUUAUCUGGAGUAGGAUCUGGUAGAGAACUUACUGCUCCUCCUCCCUCUGGAGGCCCUAAUUCAUCUCCUCUGGAUUUGUUUCCCCAGGAAGCAGUUUCUGAUGCAGCAGGUGGAGAUCUUGGAACGCUUGAAUUCCUCAGAGGCAAUGAUCAGUUCCAACAAUUACGCUCCAUGGUCAAUUCCAACCCCCAGAUUCUGCAGCCUAUGCUUCAAGAGCUCGGAAAGCAGAACCCCCAACUUCUGAGGCUAAUUCAAGAGAACCAAGCCGAAUUUCUUCAGUUACUAAACGAGCCCUACGAAGGAUCUGACGGGGAUGUGGAUAUCUUCGAUCAACCUGAUCAAGAAAUGCCCCACUCAGUCAACGUUACCCCUGAAGAGCAAGAAUCAAUUGAACGGCUUGAGGCAAUGGGGUUUGAUAGAGCAAUAGUCAUAGAAGCCUUCCUUUCCUGUGACCGUAACGAGGAAUUGGCUGCAAACUAUCUACUAGAGCACUCAGCAGAUUUUGAAGACUGAGUUCCGAGCCUUUUAACCUGAACAAAGCACAAGAUUUUGUUUUGUUUCUCCACCCCUUUUAUCUGAACUGUUACUAUGCUCAGAGAAUCAAAUGAUUAUAUCUUACACCUCCAUAUUUACCUUGAAGAAUAAUCUGCGUUUUCCACACUGUAAACACAAUUCAUUGUGUUUCUCUCUACUGAAAUGAUUAUUAACAAUAUGAUAUGGUUUU